AUGAUGGGAACAGAGCGACGUGCGAAAAAAGAUGGCGAUGGCAGUCGACUUUCAGAUAGUAAUAUAACGACGGACCUGUACAGCAAGUGGAUACAUCAGGUUUGCUCAGAAAAUGAGGACAGCAAUGCGGCUGUCGCAGGCGAGCCGAGCAGCAACGCAGGCAAUCAGGAUGGGUCUCCGAAAAUGGAAAAUGACGACUCUCGGGAGUCCUCCCCGAUGGACGAUGCUUCUUCCUUGCAUAGCUGGAAUGCACAGACUGUGGGAAGAGGGACAUCUGUUACUUUCAUCAAGUGGCUCCAUCUGAAGCACUGUGAAGCGAAACUGGCGGGUGCUUCAGACGACGUAACUCCGAGUGAGGAUAGCGUUCCGAAUGAAGGCAGCGGUAUGUGCGCUAGCACCCCAGAGGACAUUUCGGAUACAGAGAUGCCAAGCACUCAGUCGAGAGUAGAAAACCUGCCGGGCGAGUCCGAUUUCUACACUCAUGCUUCCAAGGAAACGGUCCUGUCCUCAUCCUCGUCCUUCCACGCGGAGGAUUCGCAAUCAGUGAUCGACAAUUUACCUGGGGAAUCGGACUUCUACAAAAACGUUGCAGCCAGAUCACCAUCGCCAAGAGAGUUGAAGAGCAAGAAGAAGAGCUUGCAAGAGAAAGCAGUAGAGAAAGCGAUGAGCGUUGUCAAAACUAUUUGA